UCUUACUUUUUCUUCUCGAUCAGAGAAGAAAUGGCACUUCAUUGCAGCAUUGGAGAAUAGCUUGGCUGAGAUGCGCAGGCAAGAUGCAAAGCCAUCUGCACCAACUCCAGCAGCAGCUAAGUUCUAUACUCUCCGCCGCCCUACCUCAAAGCCCCAACGAUGCGGCCUCCUCCCAAUCCUCGCUGGAGGUAACGGCAUCAGGGAGAGGGAUCGACGAGUCGGCUCGAAUCGCCGCCCUUGAAUCGCUUCGACGCGCCGUCCUGUACCCUUCGAACUCCCUUCUCCUUCCCCACUGCGCCCAUUUCCUGACCCAGGGCCUCUCCCAACUUCUAUCAGACAAGUCAUAUGGAGUUAGUCAGGCUGCAGCGAUGUCAUAUGCAUCUCUUUGCGCGGUAUUGGCUUCUGCCACUUUGGCAUCGAAUGGGCUCCCCAACCAUGUCCAUGUUCAUGUGCAUGUUCUGGUCGAUAGGUUUCUUGCCUGGGCUCUGCCGUUGCUUCGGGGCUUACCCAUUAGAAAUGGUUCGGCUGAAUUGGCACUGACCAGUCUUCUGGAAUUCCUUAGCGCUGGGGAUGCGGUGACCAUCGAAAGAUAUGUUCCAUCUAUUCUUAAAGCUUGUCAGGAGCUCCUUGAGGAUGAGAGAACCUCCUUGAGUUUGUUGCACCAGCUUCUGAGUAUUCUAACUCUGAUCUCUUUGAAAUUUGCCCACUGCUUCCAGCCCCAUUUCGUUGAUGUGGUGGACUUGCUCCUGGGUUGGGCUUUUAUGCCUGACCUCUCUGAUUCUACCAGAUGCUUACUUACUGACAGUUUUUUGCAGUUUCGGAAUCAUUGGCCAAGUAAUUUGCAGUUUUCCUUAGGUUUAUUAUCGAAGCUUUUGGGUGAUGCAGAAGUUCUGAUCCAUGAUGUAAGUGUAGAGACCACGUCACAGCUUGGAAGGUUGCUUUCUCUUUUCUCCUGUUUCUCGACAAUUCUGCAGGCAACUGCUAAUGGCAUAUUGGAGAUGAAUCUCCUUGGACAGAUUAGUGAACCGCUCGAAAACUUGACUCCCCAGUUGCUGAGGUGCAUCUCGAUGUUUGGAAGGAAAUUUGGAUGGUCGAAAUGGAUGGGGGAGUCUUGGAGAUGUUUGGUUAUUUUGGCUGAAAUACUGAAUGAGAAAUUUUCCCAGUUUUAUCCUACGGUCGUUGACAUAUUUUUUCACAGCUUGAGCGGAGUUCCUUCCUAUCAGGUGCUUGGAUUUCUCAAGACAAACUUGCAAUUGCUGUCUCUUCAAAAGCUGGGCCUCCUCUCUUCAGCUGUUGAGCUUCUGCUACAAUUUCACUCACCUCUGUCCCAUCUGCGGUUGCAUCCGAAUCAUUCUGUUGUUGCAAGCACGGCUGUUACUUACCUUUACUUUCUUCAGCAUGGUUGUGAUGACAUUGUUUCUCAAGCAAUCACCUCCUUAUUUGAAGAGCUGGAGCUAUUGAAAAGAAAGCUCGCAGAACUGCAUCAACCAACCGUAAAUUCUGUUGUGAUUCAGCUGGAUACUGGAGCUGUUGGCAUUCAAAAGACUAACUUUGGUCAUGGAAGGCAAUAUUCAGAGCUUGAUUUACUUUCAUUGAUCAAAUUUGAUUUAAAGGUGAUAAUUUGUUCAAUGUCCGUUGAUACUGCUAGAGGUUUUGCAAACCAGACUGUCACAGAUGCUACCAGAAAUAAGAGGUCAUCGAGAAUAACUUCUUUUAUUCUUAACAAGUUUGAUCCUUUUCAAUUCCCCAUUGAGGGUCUCUGCGAGCUGCAAGCUCAUGUUAUCAGGACAUUGUACAAGUCCAGUGAAGUUGAAUUCCAAUCUAAGUUCAUUGACAGUGCAAAAUAUUUGAAGAAAGCAUCUAUUAAUUUGAGCGAUCAAGAUCAACCAAGCUUUGAGGCCAGCAAUAAGCAGUAUAUUCUAACUUCUGAGUAUUUGGGAAAAUUCAGUGGAAUUAUGGUAAGAGCUUUAGAUGUUUAUUCUCCUUUGACAGUUAAAAUUGAGGCCCUUGGUUGGAUACGCUCAUUUAGUCAAAUGAUUUUAACUACGAAAGAGGAUGAUCUCCUGAUAAGUUCAUUUAAUGAACCAUAUCAAAACGCCACUAUUGGUACAGACUUGCUCUUUUGUAUUCUAGAUGCAGCAUUUACUAGAGAACUGAAGGUGAGAUCUCAUGUUGCUCCUGUCCUGGAACUCCUCCUGCAUGCCGGGCUUAUUCAUCCUGGGAACUUCUCCAAUGUCUCGGAAGUUGCCCUCUACAAACUUAGUGAUCCAGAUGAGACAAUAAAAAAUGCAUUUUUGCGAUUAAUUUCUAUCGCGGUGCCUGUUUUUAUAUAUAUGCAUGGUAUUACUGACGGGGGUUAUCUCUGCAAGCUUAAGCCUACCACUAAACCAUAUAGGUACUACUUGAAUUGGAGGCAGGCAUUAGCCCUAAAGCAGAUGCCUCAGAAGCUUCAUUCUCAGCAACUUGUUUCUGUUUUGAGCUACAUUUCUCAACGAUGGAAAUUGCCCCUUUCUUCUUGGAUACAACGGUUAGUCUUCAGUUGCCGUGGAAGGAAUGAUCGAAUUUCUCAUCAAGAAGAACUAAUUGGAGAACUUGUUUCUAGUGAUAUUUAUAAAGAUACCAAAGCAGAAGAAGUAAUUCUUCAGAAGAUAUGUCCGGUAAACAGUCUGGCUGCCAUUUGGUGGUCCAUACAUGAAGCCGCCAGGUAUUGCAUCAAUCUUCGUCUUCGAACGAACCUUGGUGGUCCUACACAGACAUUUGCUGCAUUGGAGCGAAUGCUUUUGGACAUACCGAAUAUAUUGCAGCUUGAUUUUGAGCAAAUUGAAGGCCAGUACUUGGGCUCAUCCAAUUUUCACUUGCUACCAAUGAGACUACUACUAGUUUUUGUUGAGGCCCUAAAGAAAAAUGCAUACAAUGCAUAUGAAGGUUCUGCAGUUUUACCUCGUGCAACCCGGCAAAGUUCCUUGUUUUUUCGAGCAAACAAGAAAGUUUGCGAGGAAUGGUUUUCUCGAAUUUGUGAGCCCAUGUUGAAUGCUUGUCUGGCACUCAAUUGUCAUGAUGCAACAUUUUAUUACUGCACAUCACGGCUGCAGGAUCUUAAGAAUCUUGCAGCAUCAACUUUUAAGGACAAAACACAGGGGAUACCAGAAAAUUUGCAGAUCUUAAGAGGCACAUUUGCAGGAGAUGUACUGAAGGUUCUGCAACAUGCAUCACUGGCUCUAUGUAAGAGUCGUGAGCCUGAGGCAUUGAUUGGUUUGCAGAAAUGGGUUGGGAUGACAUUUCCUUCAUUGUUUAUGGAUGAAAAUCAUGUCAGCUCCAGUGUCAAUGGAAAUGAUAUGAAUUUAUCUUGGAUGACUGGACUUGUCUAUCAGGCUCAGGGCCAGUAUGAAAAGGCUGCUGCACACUUCUCUCACUUGCUACAAUCUGAGGAAGCUCUUAGUUCCAUGGGUUCUGAUGGAAUCCAGUUCAUCAUUGCUCGCGUAAUUGAGAGCUAUACAUCUCUCUCUGAUUGGAAGUCCUUGGAAAACUGGCUUUCAGAGCUACAGGCACUUCGUUCUAUGCAUGCCGGCAAACCGUAUUCAGGUGCUCUUACUUCUGCAGGAAAUGAAAUGAAUGCAAUUCAUGCAUUAGCUCGAUUUGAUGAAGGUGAUGUUCAAGCAGCAUUGGGCUGUCUUGACUUGACACCUAAAAGCAGCUCUCAGCUUACCCUUAAUCCUAAUGUAGCAUUAGAGAGGAGUGAACAAAUGCUUUUACGGUCGAUGCUGCAAAUGGAAGGUGGCACUUAUAAGGCGCUUGAGGACCUGGAUAAGGCCAAGAUGAUGCUAGAUGAAGCCUUAUCUUGUAUUCCACUUGAUGGACUAACUGAGGGAGCUGCCUUUGCUAUUCAGCUUCAUUGUGUCCUUGUUUUGGAAGAAAGUAAGAAGCCAAAUGGUCAACAAUUACCAUCAAUGUUGGGCUCAUUGUGUCGAUCACUACAUUCUCCAAUCAGUAGAAUUCAUCAAGAUAGUAGCUUGUGGAUGAAGGUUUUUCGGAUCUAUCAAGCCAUAAUGCCAGCUUCUCAUGUUUCAAUUCUUCUUGGUCAAAGGAUUCUUAGUUUAUCUCGUAAGCAGAGCAACUUCAAGUUGGCUGACCGUAUGACCAAAUAUUUGGAAGAACAUCCUUUGUCUGAGCUUCUAGCAGUAAAUAUACAGUAUGAAGGAAUCCUACUUAAGCAUGCAGCAGGAAAGCCUGAAGAAGCUUUACUAGAUCUUUGGUCAUUUGUUCGUGCUGACUUUCUGUCAAGUACUUCGUUUGGCUUCACGAACAUUUCCAAUACGAAGGCCAAGGCAUGCUUGAAACUUUCUUCUUGGAUGAGCCUAGAGAAUUCAAACAUAAAUUUGAGAAGUGUUAUUUCUAAAAUUCAUGAAGAUCUCACUUUAUCUAGAGCAGAUGGCGCCUCUAUUUGUAACAAAGAGGUUUUCUUGUCUGCCGAUGGUAACCAAAACUCUGACACAAAAUGGAAUACUGUUUUUGAGGAGAUAAUUGGUACAACGGUAAAACUGUCUUGUAAACUUUGCCCCAAAAUGGGGAAGGCAUGGCUUUCUUAUGCUGCUUGGUGUUUUACCCAAGCCAGGAACUCUUUUUCUGCACAUGUCCCUGCUUGGCAAUCGUGCUCAUUGUCUUCAAUCCUCGAUGAAGAAAUUUCACCAGUCAGGUUCCAGUUAACUGAAAAUGAGAAGUCCAAGGUAAAAUCCAUUAUUACUGAUAUUUAUCAUAUGAGAAGUCAUGCGGCAGUCGUAACAGACCAAGAAAGUAGAUAUUUUGACUCCACAUCUUAUCCUGAAUAUCAAGCAUUCCUUGAUUCGUUAGUACAUGGAACAACUUACUUAAUGGAAGCUGCAGCUGGAGCGCCUGGAUUUGAAUCAAUUGAUGGUGAAUGUCCAUCUGUUGUUCUAUUCUCUGAAUUGCAGGCACUUUUUUUGGGUGCAUUUCCCGGUAUAGAAAAGAGUGAUACAACGUCUUAUAUUCAGGAAUUAAUUGAUAUUUGGUGGUCACUGAGACGGAGAAGGGUAUCAUUAUUUGGAUAUGCUGCUCAUGGCUAUUUUCAAUUCCUUUCACAUUCAUCUUUUGGAUUGAAGGAAAGCCAUUACACCAACAUUCAUCCUGACUAUGCGAUUGAAAAAGCUAGGAGCUGCACUCUCCGAGCAAUGCUGUAUAUUUUAGUAAUUCUUCUUAAUUAUGGUGUUGAACUAGAAGAAACUCUUAACCAUGGAUUUGCAACAGUUCCUCCAUUGUCUUGGCAGGAAAUCACACCCCAGUUGUUUGCUCGGUUAAGUUCUCAUCCUCAACAAACUGUCAGGAAGCAGAUUGAGGGUCUCUUAAUGAUUUUGGCCAAACUAUCUCCUUGGUCUAUAGUUUUUCCUUUGUUGGUUGAUAUAAAUGGUUAUGAAGGUCAAUCCUCCGAGGAGCUUCAUAACAUUCAUAAUUAUUUGCAUAAUUUGUACCCAAAGCUAAUUCAAGAUGUUAAGCUUGUCAUUAAUGAACUUGGUAGCAUAACUAUUUUAUGGGAAGAGCAAUGGCUGAGUACCCUACAAGAUCUUCAUACAGAUGUUGUAAGGCGUAUUAACAUGCUGAAAGAGGAAGCUGCACGAAUUGCCAAAAAUUCCAGCCUUAGUCAUGCUGAAAAGAACAAAAUAAAUGCAGCAAAAUAUUCAGCUAUGAUGGCUCCGAUUGUUGUAGCCUUGGACCGUCGUCUUGCAUCUACUUCUCGUGAAGCAGAGACUGAUCAUGAACGAUGGUUCCAGGAGGAGUAUGGUAAACAACUAAAAUCUGCUAUUUUAUCCUUUAAAACCCCCCCAUUAUCAGGAUCGGCACUAGGCGAUGUGUGGCGAGCUUUUGAUGCAAUUGCAGCAGCUUUAGCAAUCCAUCAGAGGAAAUCACUCUUCUCUCUGAGUGAGAUGGCUCCAAAGUUGGCAUUGCUUUCAUCUUCCGAUGUUCCAAUGCCUGGUUCAGAGAGAGAAAUUUCACUUCUUGAUGCCUGUGGAAAUACUGCUGGUGUUCAGGGGAUUGUUACAGUUUCCUCCUUCAAUGAGCAAGUAGAAAUAUUAUCAACAAAAACAAGACCCAAAAAGCUUGUUUUAUUAGGAUCGGAUGGUCAGAAAUAUACUUAUCUUCUUAAAGGUCGAGAAGAUUUACGUCUUGAUGCACGAUUCAUGCAACUAUUCCAGGCGAUUAAUGGUUUCUUUACUUCAUCUGCUGAAAGUCUUGGUAAAUGUCUUGGAGUACGUUGUUACUCUGUCACCCCAAUUAAUGGCCAAGCUGGACUUAUCCAGUGGGUAGACAACGUGACUAGCAUUUAUAGUGUUUACAAGUCCUGGCAGAACCAUAAGCAGCUGGCUCAGUUUUCUGCAACUGGUGCAAUCAAUCUUAGCAAUCCUGUUCCACCAGUUCCACGGCCCAGUGAUAUGUUCUAUGGGAAAAUCAUACCUGCGCUUAAGGAGAAGGGUAUUCGAAGAGUGAUCUCUCGAAGAGAUUGGCCACAUGAUGUUAAAAGAAAGGUGCUCCUGGAUCUUAUGCAAGAAACCCCUAGAUUCCUUCUUUGGCAGGAAAUGUGGUGUGGCAGUGAAGGUUUCAAAGAUUUUCAUUCAAAGACAAGGAGGUUUUCUGGUACUCUAGCGGUUAUGAGCAUUGUUGGCCAUGUUAUUGGUCUUGGUGAUCGUCACCUUGAUAACAUUCUUAUGGAUUUCAUCACCGGUGAAGUUGUGCAUAUUGAUUAUAAUGUAUGUUUUGACAAAGGGAGGAGAUUGAAGAUCCCAGAAAUUGUCCCUUUUCGUCUUACUCAGACAAUUGAGGCUGCACUAGGACUAACAGGAACUGAAGGUAUUUUCAGGGCUAAUUGUGAAACAGUUAUAAGCGUGCUCCGCAAGAACAAAGACAUUGUUUUGAUGUUAUUGGAAGUAUUUGUAUGGGACCCCUUGGUGGAGUGGACGAGAGAAGAUCAUGAUGAAGCUGUGAUUGGUGGUGAAGAAAAGAAAGGCAUGGAGCUGGCUGUUAGUCUAAGCCUUUUUGCCUCAAGAUUUCAGGAGAUUCGUGUACCUUUGCAGGAGCAUCAUGAUCUUCUGGUUUCUACCUUGCCAGCUGCAGAAUCUACUCUUAAGAGAUUCUUGGAUUUGCUAAUUCAAUAUGAAAUUGUGUCUGCGGUCUUCUAUCAUGCUGAUAAAGAGAGAUCCAGCCUUCUGCAACAUGAGACAACUGGGAAGUCCUUCGCAGCUGAGGCAACUACAAUAUUAGAGAAAUCUAGGACAUACUUUGAAGCUCAAGCUCAUGAGUUCGCACAUGCAAAGUCUUUGGCAACUGAAAAAGCUCUAGAGGCAGCUUCUUGGGUGGAAGAACAUGGAAGAGUCCUUGAUGCGCUACGAAGUGGUUCAUUUCCUAAUCCAGAAGCAUGCAUUAACUUGCGCAGCUUGGAAGAUUCUCUGUCUCUGACAACUGCUGUUCUCGUCUCUGGAGUUCCUUUGACUGUUGUUCCUGAGCCCACUCAAGCACAAUGCUAUGACUUGGACAGGGAAAUAUCAACUAUCAUUGCUGAGUUGGAUAAUGGACUUUCUUGUGGAAUUGAGACACUGCAAGAGUAUGCCUUUGCUUUGCAAAAUGUUCUUCCAUUCAGUUAUGUUACUACCAGCCCGGUCAACAGUUGGGCUCAAGUUCUGCAGUUCUCAGUGAAUAAUCUUUCUGCUGAAGUUCUCUCUCUCGCUGUAAGGCAGGCUGCUGAUAUUAUGGCAAAGGCCCAAGGGAUUGGUCUUGAUUCAAUUCAAAAGAGGCAUCAAGAUCUCUUUGGUAGCUUAGAAAGAUAUGCCAUGGAAAUUGAUACGCUUAAUAAAGAGUGUUCUGAACUGAUGAACUCUAUUGGUUCUGAUACUGAAGCAAAGUCAAAAGAGCGGUUGUUAUCUGCUUUUUUGAAGCAUUUGCAGUCUGCAUGGUAUAGUAUUAGGGAAGUUGAUUUUCCCCUUAAUUUUCUAGGAAAGCAGAACCUAGAUGGCCCUAGGGAUCUUGGAGUGCUGAGGGAUAUUGAUUUGAAUAAAGAAAAGGCACUAUGUGUUUUGCACAUAGUUAUCAAUGAACUGUACACGGAUGUUAAAGAGAAUUUGAUCUCCAUGUCCAAGGUUUCCAGCAUAAAAACUAGCUGGAAAACAGAUGGUUCUCGAGAGAAUGAUUUUGAUAUUGUCUCUCAUGAGCUUGAAGAGCAGAUUGAGAAGUGUAUACUUCUUGCUGGAUUUGUGGAUGAAGUUAAAGAACUUAUUGGUGUAGAUUUAGCUAGUUUCUGUGCUAAUAAUGCUAAGCUUGUAUCUGAGCACAAUUGGGCCUCUAAUUUUCAAUCAAUUUUGCAUUCCAUUAAGCAUUUAACUGAAAACAUUACUGGAACUGUUCUCCCUGAAAUAAUUCAGUCAGUUGUCUCUUCCAAUGCAGAAGUAAUGGAAGCUUUUGGAUCCCUUUCUCAUGUUCGAGGUUCCAUUGAUACAGCUUUAGAAAAGCUUGUUGAGGUGGUGCUAGAUAGAGCAUCCUUGUUGGAGCUCGAAAAAAAUUAUUUCAUGAAGGUUGGACUCAUCACAGAGCAGCAGCUUUCCCUUGAAGAAGCUGCUGCUGAUGGUCGUGAUCAUUUGUCUUGGGAGGAGACCGAAGAGUUAGCAACGCAAGGUGAGGCAUGUCGUGUACAGCUUGACCAACUCCAUCAGGCAUGGAAUGAGAAAGAUGUGCGGGUUACUUCUCUAGCAAGGAUGGAGACUAAUAUUAGUAAUUCACUAACUUCCUUGGAAGCAUACUUCUCAUCCUUGAUAAGUUCUGAAGAAGAUGGGGAAUUGCACACAAAAGGAAGCAAGUCCUUCCUCUCUGCACUUGUAAAGCCGUUUGCAGAACUGGAAUCUUUUGACCAAAUGCUAUCAUCAUAUGCUUCUUUUGAGUAUUACUCUAGUGGAUCUUUGGGUACUCUAUCAAAUUUAUUGUCAAGUUCUCCACUCUUUGAUUCAGUAUGGAAGUUCUCUUACAUACUAAAAAACCAUUCAUUCUUCAUCUGGAAAAUAGGUGUUGUAGACUCCAUGCUUGACUCUUGCAUGCAUGAGAUAUCAUCUUCUGUUGAUCAUAAUAUCAGGUUUGAUCAGCUAUGCAAUGUUCUAAAAAAUAAGCUUGAGAUGCAUUUGCAAGAACACCUUGGGCAAUAUCUGAAAGAGAGGGUAGCCCCUGCUUUCUUGGCUCGGUUAGAAAGAGAAAAUGAGAAUCUCGAUCAAAAGACUGAAGAAAUAAAGAGCUUCAUUUCUGAGAAUGCAAAUGACUAUUCUGAAGCUGUGAGAAGGGUAAGGCUUAUGCUUGAAGAAUACUGCAAUGCACAUGAGACUGCAAGGGCUGCAAAUUCAGCAGUAUUUUCUAUGAAAAGACAUGUUGAUCAACUUACAGAGGCUCUUCACAAGACUACAUUGGAAAUUAUUCAGUUAGAAUGGCUGCAUGAACAAACCUUGCCAAAAUUACUAAAAAAAAAGGUUUUUUUCCAAAAUACUUUUAAUGAUAAUAAGCUUUUAAAGACUAGCAGGGGAAAAUUGUUGGAGAAGAUGCAGUCUUCAAUCUCCUCGGUGGCUAGAUCUUUAGAGCGUCUACAAGAUCUUGAGAGAACUUCUAUUUCAGCAGAAGGGCAACUAGAAAGGGCUAUGGUAUGGGCUUGUGCUGGCUCAAAUAGUGUUGGCACCGGUAGUUCAUCAACAAAGUGUUCUGGAAUUCCUUCUGAAUUCCAUGAUCAUCUAUUAAGGAGAAGAAAGUUGCUGUGGACUGCUCAUGAGCAUGCAUCCGAUGUCCUCAAAAUAUGCACUUAUGUGAUCGAGCUUGAAGCAUCUAGAGAUGGUCUUUUAUUGACUCAUGGAGAUAAAUUCUCUGGACAGACUACUGGCGACUCUCGAACAUGGCAACAAACUUACUUGACUGCUCUUACAAGAUUAGAUUCUGCGUAUCACUCUUUUGCACAUGCUGAAAAAGAAUGGAAGCUGUCACAGAUUAAGAUGGAAGCUGCUGCAAAGGGCUUGCUUUCUGCAACUAAUGAGCUGUGUAUUACAUCUGUGAAGGCAAAAUCGGCUUCUGCUGAUUUACAAGACAAUCUCUUGGCCCUACGGAAUUGUCUUUUUGAUGCUAGCCUGGCCUUGUCUUCUUUUAUUAGUGUUUCAGAAGGGCACACUGCUUUAACUUCUGAAGGUGGAUCCAUGCUUGAGGAGGUUUUGGUGGUAACUGAGGAUUUACAUGAUAUCUAUAGCUUAGCAAAAAAGGCUUCUGCUGCACAUAGUGCUCUUAUGACAGAUCUUGCCAAGGCAAACAUGAUCCUUCUGCCGCUUGGAGCUUCGUUGUCUUCUGACGUGGCCACGAUGAAAGAUGCGAUACCCAAGGAGAAGGAAAGCAGCAUAGAUGUUCUUUCCAUUCAUGGACAAGCACUGUAUCAAUCCUACUGCAUCAGACUUCAGGAGGCCUGCCAAUCUUUAGCAUCCUUGGUACCUUCCAUAACAUACUCUGUGGAAGAACUGUAUUCCAUGCUGACCAAGCUUGCACGGGAUGCCAGCACUCAUGCAGGCAAUCUCCAUAAGGCAUUGGAAGGUCUUGGGGAAAGUCAAGUGGUGAGAUCUCAGGAACUUUUCAUGUCAAGGCCAGAUUAUUCAGAUGGCACGUAUCUAAAUGACAAAGUUAUCUUUGGGAAUGAUGAUGACAUUCUCCUUGACGACAACAUCCCACUCCAUGAAUUUCCUUCAGAUGAUCAAGGAUGGAUUUCUCCGCCAGACUGCUCAUAUACAAGCAGCAUUACCUCAAAUGAUGCUGAUGAUAACUUCUAUCAUCUGGAAAAAACAUCUUAUGCUACUAAUUCUGGUGAGAGCAAUAAUAGCAGGAAAGAGAGUGUAUUUGAUGAAAAACAAGUGUCAGGAAGAACUAAUAUUGAGGUUAAUGAUAGUAGUUCUGCUGCCUUAGUACACUGUAAUCAAAGGAUAAGAUCUGUUGUGGGCAGUGCUUGUCAUGCCUCAAACAUGGGAGAGGGAACGUCUGAUGGUACAAAGCCUCGAGGUAGCAAUGAGGAGCAAUACCUUUUAUCCCCAUUAAAGGGACAUGAAGAAAAUCAGGACGAUCGUAUAUGUUCUAAUCCUUUAGGAUGGAGCAAAAGAGGUAAAAAUGCUUACGCUAUGUCAGUCUUGAGGCAAGUUGAGCUGAAAAUAGAGGGAAGAGAUAUUGAUGAUGGACGGGUAAUGCUGGCAUCCCAGCAGGUGGAUCAUCUUAUCAGGGAGGCUACAAGCAUAGACAAUUUGUGCAAUAUGUAUGAAGGGUGGACGCCUUGGAUAUGAUGAAUAUUUUAUAGAUCUGAGCAGGUCCCACAUGCGUAUUUGGUGGACCGUCACUCAGGAGCAGAGCUACCAGCAACAGACUAUUUUUUGAAUAGCAGUGAAGUUCUAUUACACUCCUUCAAGCUGAUACUCUUGUAAAGCCUGCAAGCAAAAUUCAAUCUAAGAUGAAUCUUUGCCGAAGGAACUGCAGGCUUUGGCUUUGAGUUGUGACCUGGAGGUUCGGAGCUAGCUGAUGCCAAUUCCAGGCACCCGGUUUUGAAAAUAUACCAGCACCUUCCUCUGCUUUAUUGUGAGCCAGAAUCUCUAGCUUGGCGGAUAUCCAGCGCUCUCAUCCUGGACAAAUUGUGCUUCUGAAUUGGAUUGGAGUUCCCUCAGAAAUCAAAGGGGUAUGAUUUGGAUCAGUAAUUCUGAUACUUGGUUUCUUGUUCAAUCAGAUAAACAGAAGCAUCGAUAUGACUAACUUCUCAGCUCCUCGUCUGAAGUAGUGAGUUGUAUCAAGCUUCAUUUGGGACAAUUUUUUUAUUGCUUCUUAAAGUAGCUUUUUUGUGUACUAAAAAGCUGUUUUAAGAGGCAGGAAGAAAGCCGUUUCAAACGAAGCUUAAAAUUGUGGAGAAGUUACCUUUGGUCUCAACGAUAAGCUUGGGCUUUUUAGUUGGUAUGUUUAUCCUUUUUUUUGCUCUUA